AUUGUGGUUUUAGCGUGCGUGUGUAUUGACUGACUUCUCCAUUAAAACCUGCAUGUAUUCAUUAGGCAAUCUGAACUGUGGUCAUAGAGCAACACGUCUUCCUGGUGAUUUGUUCAUUAUACGGAAACAUAAAAGGUGAUUCUGUUUUGUUGUCCAUUUGCGUUAAACCAUGUCACUUCCAUGAUAUUUUAGUUUCGGAGACGUGUAGCGGUCCAGCGAUUAUCAAGCUGGACAUCGCCGAGGGCAAACGACUACGAGACGAACGACGAUGACGUCGACCAAAGCCAGCAGAAAGACCAGUCAGGUCCGCGUAAUUCUCUGGACAUUCCCUCGUACACGAUCAACAGCCUUGACUAAAUGUCUGAGUCAAAUCGAAGGCGUCGAGAUAUGGUUUGAACCGUAUUGCUUCUGUAGUAUGGCCGCGACCGAAUACCGACGGGUUCAUGGACGAGAGUUGCCGACGAGUUACCGAGGGAAUGAAACGAUGUUUGCCGAAGCUGCCCGACUUGUGUCGAAGGUGGCGCUCAUGCCUCCGGGAGUUCUUGAUCCCGAAAGACUUGCGUAUGAGGGCGUCAAAGAACGUCUUGAACGCAGCAUGAGUAGAUAUGUCAUCGUGAAAGACAUGGCCUUUGCGUUGUCCGAUGAGAAAUAUCGUCGUUUUUUACCCGAUGGUUUCGCUCACGCGUUUUUGAUCCGGGAUCCCAUUGCAGCGAUAGCAUCAUACCGUCGAGCCUCUUACAGCUCCUUUAAAUCUGCCGGGUACCUGGACGAAGAUGCAACAAAUGAAAGUAAAUUCGACGUAGAAAGGGAUAACUUUUUAAUGAACGCUGGAUUAUUUCACAAAGAACUCUGCGAUUUGUGGAAUUACUUGAUGCAAUCAUCAAAAACGCAUAGUGUACCUGAUGAAGAAAGCUCCGGACCGCAUAAUCAAUCGGUGGUCAUCGACUCAGACGAUCUUCUCACGAAACCGGACGAAGUAUUGCCGAAGUUUUGCGAAGCCCUUGGUUUGCCUUACGACCAGUCGUUUCUUCGGUGGGACCCAUCCGCGGACGUUGCAUUUUCAUGGAAAGCGGCUGGGGACGAACUUCUACGAGGUAAUGUCCAUUUCUACGAAACGGCAAUGGCUAGCUCUUGUUUCAUGCCAGCGAAAGAGAGAGAACAGGUUCAAAAUUUAACGAAAGACGUACUACGUCUGGCCGAGCAAGCUAGACCAUUCUAUGAGGAAAUGCAUAACAACAAAUUAUAGAUCCCAUUAAUAGUAAAAACCACUUCAUGCAAAUAGACUGCAAGGAUUGUGAUGAAAGAUAAGCCUUGGUAUAAUGUUACAGAGGGUGAUGCAUUCUCCAAUAAUUGCAAACCAAUGAUAAUUAAAGAAGUUGUUAUGAAGGGCAAUAUUGGUUGCUACGUAGGCUAUGUAUACUGAGGAUUAUUAUCUUUAUUGUUAGGGAUGCUACAAACUAAUGAUAAAUGACAUUCCUGGUGGGUGUUUUAUAAAGCUGUUCGUAAGUCUAGCGACUUUAAGAACGACUGUUGAACCUUUCAUACGCACCAGUCGUUCUUAAAGUCACUUUUAACUUGCGAAAAGCUUUAUGAAACGGCCCACAAAACUGAUGUCGAUGGGAGCUGAAAGCCCCCCCCCCCCCCACUUCCCCGUUUUUAUUUGUUUUUCUCCAAAUAAGUAAUAUGGGUGUUUAUUUUAUUGCCAGUUCCAAACAUGACGUCAAGAGCGUUCAAAGGGGCAACAGGAGACCGUUUUCAUAAAGCUGUUUGUAAGUUAAGAGUGACUUUAAGAACGACUGGUGAUCCUUUCUUGUCGUUAAUGUUCAUUGGGUAACUAUUUACCGCGUAUCGGAAAGUUUCACCAGUCGUUCUUAAAGUCGCUCUUUACUUACGAACAGCUUUAUGAAACACCAACCAGGUAAAGAUGUCAUAACACUCGUAGUGCAUUUCGUACCAUUUUUGUAACAUGGUUGAUUCAUUUAUUCUGAUUUAUUAUUUUUAAAAUCUUAAAUUCGUUUAAUUUUCCUUAUUAUUUUUUUGAAUCUCAUUCCGUCUUUUUUUGUAAUUUUCAUUAAUGUAUUUUUUUUUCACCUGUCACGCCUAAGUGCAGUUUUUGUCCGUCGUAAGUACUGCAUGCAGUAACUGAAGGAGCUCAAAAUGAAGAACGAAAAUCGGAGCAGCUGAAUGUCUCAGUUUUUAAACAGCGCUUUUUACUGUGUCUAGUUAGGUGAUGGUUAAUCAUGGCUGUGGUCAUCUCUGCGCCGAAAAAAGUCCAUGUCGGUUCGUUGUUUAAAUAUUGACGCUUCUAUGAAUCGUAUCAUGAAUAAUGUAACUGACAACUUAAGUGGUCGUGGUCAAGAGCCUCAGAAUAAAGUAUAUACAUCGUUGAAGCAAUCACAGUCACACAAACGAAACCGACUCCAGACCGAUCAAAGCUAUUACGUUAAUACCAAUGACAUACCAUCGGUCGGUUUGGAAUCGGUUUCCUUGAUGUGACUGUAGCACGACCGUUUAACUUUAUAUAUGUACACGGUCACAUCGGCGAACCAGCCUUAGACCGAUCAUAUCUAUACGUUAUUUCCAAUGACAGACCAUUGGUCGGUUUAGAGUCCGUUUCGUGGGUGUGACUGGCAAUAAGUAAACAUUUAUUAUAAUUUUCCCCAUUCACAGCGUACCCACUGUAUUAUUCGAAGAAUGAAAAAAAACAUUCCGUUUUCUUUUUAGUUUCUUUUCAUUUAUGAGCAGCAAGUAGGUCGAUUCGUCAACCCCAGACAGUGGCGUAACAGGCGGGGGGGGGGGGGGCAAGCUGCCCCCCCCCCCCUGGCGGAUUUCACCGGGAAAAUUAAAAAAACGGGAAAAAGAAAAAAAGGGAGGGAGAAAGAAAGGGAAGGGGGAGGAAAGGGAAAAAGAAAACGAAGGUUUCUUUUUUUGAAAUGGAAAAGGAAAAAAAUCGGGAAAAUGUACGAAAGAAGAACAUUGACAAAGAACAAAUCAUUCCGUAAUAGGCUUAUGUAAUGCAGUAGCUUGAUGGGAAAUAUGACAAACAAUAGCGGGAAACGAAGGUAGAAUGGAAUUAGUCAAAAGCUAAAUUAG